AUGUCUGUGAGGGAGAAAAUCAAGCAGAUCGAUCUUCUUGGCGCCUUCUUCUUGAUAUGCGCAAUCACGAUCGGCUCUGCCAUGAUCUACACCCUCAAGGUUGGAUCUGGGACUGGAGUUUGGACCGGCUACCAGAUCCUGGCUGGCGUAGGAGCAGGUGCCUGUGUUCAGAUACCUUUCAUAGCUGUACAGGUCGUGCUUAACGAGAAGGAUAUGCCUGUCGGCAACGCGGUCGCUAUUUUCUUCAACACCCUAGGAGGUGCCAUCAGCGUCAGCAUCGCGCAAAACAUCUUCUCCAACACCUUGAUCAAGCAACUGCCAAAAGAUGCACCAGGUGUCAACCCAGCAUUGAUAAUCGGAGCUGGCGCAACUCACAUUAGAGAGGUCACUACUCCACAACAACUUCCCGGCGUACUACUUGCUUACGACAAAGCCAUCACAACGGCCUUCAUACUGCCAAUAGCAACAUCAGGUCUCGCAUUUUUGGCAUCUUUAGCAAUGGAGUGGAAGAGCGUGAAAGGCAAGAAGCUGAUCCCUGGUGGUGCUUAA